CAACGACGUAAGGCGCAAACGCUCAUUUCCAGCCCAGGCGGAGCCCACAGCGGAUGCCGGACCCGGCUCUCUGUACGAUAUCAUCCAGCCUGACGCAGGAGACACUACAGGGAGCCGAACGAGCAAACAAUCAGUCUGCAUGACCGCGUCACACUUGGACAGCAACCCAUCACCGUAACAAACGACGGAGGUUCGAGGCCGCGACUGAGUGGCCAACUCACAGACAGACCGACACGUGGACCAUCUGCCGAGGCCUAAGAUAAAUGGCUGACAAGCAGAUCAGUUUGCCUGCCAAAUUGAUCAAUGGAGGGAUCGCCGGCCUGAUUGGAGUAACUUGUGUGUUUCCCAUUGACCUGGCCAAGACCCGUCUGCAAAACCAGCAAAAUGGAUCUCGCCUUUACACCAGCAUGUCCGAUUGCCUCAUCAAGACCAUCCGGUCAGAGGGAUAUUUUGGGAUGUACAGAGGGGCGGCGGUGAACCUAACACUAGUCACUCCGGAGAAGGCCAUCAAACUGGCUGCAAAUGACUUCUUCAGGCAUCACCUCUCCAAGGAUGGAAAACUCACCCUGAUCAAAGAGAUGCUGGCUGGAUGCGGGGCAGGUACAUGUCAGGUUAUUGUCACAACGCCAAUGGAGAUGUUAAAAAUCCAGCUUCAAGAUGCUGGUCGAAUAGAGGCUCAGAGGAAGCUGAUGCCGCAGAUGGUGGCAGAGGGCACCAUAGAGACCAAGUCCCCAACAGCCAUACAGCUGACCCGAGAGCUGCUUAGGGAGAAGGGCAUUGCUGGACUAUACAAAGGCCUUGGCGCCACGCUGCUCAGGGAUGUUCCUUUCUCAGUCAUCUACUUCCCCCUUUUUGCCAACCUGAAUAACCUGGGGAAGAGAGGCGUCGAAGGGCCUGCCCCGUUUUACGUGUCCUUUAUAUCAGGCUGCCUUGCCGGGAGUACGGCGGCUGUUGCUGUCAACCCCGUUGACGUGAUAAAGACGAGAUUGCAGUCCCUGAAUCGGGGGAGCACCGAAGACACAUACAGCGGAGUGACUGACUGUAUCAGCAAAAUCAUGCGUAAUGAGGGUCCGUCAGCCUUCCUGAAGGGAGCCUACUGUCGUGCCCUAGUCAUAGCACCUCUCUUUGGGAUCGCCCAGGUGGUCUACUUCCUGGGUGUGGGUGAAUUCAUCCUCAGCUUCUUGCCCAAAAAGGACAACUAAGAAGCCCCUCCUCUCUGCCUUUCCCUCCUGUAUGAAUUGCACCAUUCACGCCAGAACUCAUCUCGUCGUGAAAGAAGGUUUUGAUCAUAUGUGGGUCA